GGUACACAGCCCAGCAAUAGAUUGUGCAGCAGCCUGCUCCUCAGGGUCCACAGUCCGGAAUGGUGCAGGUACCAGGACAAAGUCAGUGGGUUCCGAAGACGGCCAUCGCCGCUCCUAAGCCCUUUAUAAGGGACAAGAGGGGUGAAGAUCUCGACACUAGGUUGAGGUCAGAGCCAAUCUACGUCAAGUGUAAACUUACCUUGUCGCACGAGGAAGUGCUUGUGGCUGCCUCCUAUCUAGAGGGGAGUGCAGCAAGAUGGUUGAGUGGCUUGGUGCAGUUGCAGGGAUACGGUCACGACUUCCGCGAUUGGGCAGUCAACCAGAAAUUGGAUGACUUCCUCAAGAUGGUGGAAGACAGGUGGCAUGAUCCUCAGGGGGCUCAAAAGGCCACUGAUGCGAUCCUGACUCUGCAUAACAGGCAGUUUAAGUCGUGGGUGAGAACUCAACCUGUGCUCUCCGAUGCGCUGAAACGCUGGAUCGAAGUCAUUGAGCAAUAUGACUUUGAGCCCCAGUACCUCAAAGGUGAGUACAACAAAGUUGCUGACGCGAUGUCACGUAGGCCAGACUUCUCCGGUGCGCUGAUCACUGAGUUUGGGCUUGUGGACGAUGUCACUCGCGCUUUGGUGGAAGCCUAUCGCGAGGACCAGUUCAUGUCCGAGAUCAUACGCAGACUCGAGGCGAAGGACAAGGUGACUUCUGCAGAGUUUGAGUUGGUCAACGGCUUGCUGUUCAUUGAGAAGGCUGGGAAUAAAUGUUUGUGUGUUCCUAAUAGAGAGUCUUUGCGUAGUUUAUUUUUAGGUGAGAGUCAAGAUGCCACAGGACAUUUUGGUUUCAAGAAGACUGCAGCCAAUUUGUUGCAGCGGUUCUGGUGGCCCAUGAUAAUGAGAGAUGCCAAACUUUAUGUCGAGACUUGUCAAGUUUGUCAACAUGACAAGCCCCGGACACAGGCUCCUAUUGGGCUGCUCAAGCCCCUUCCCAUUCCGAAAAGGCCUGUUGAAAGCCUGUCCAUGGACUUCAUGGAUACGCUAGUCACCAGCAAGAGUGGCAUGAGCUACAUCUACGUCAUCGUGGAUAGAUUUAGUAAGUAUGCUAGGUUAGUGGCCAUGUCGGAAACAGCAAAGACCGAGUACGAUAUCAAGCUAUUUAAGGAAAACUGGGUCAGAGACUUUGGCCUGCCGAAGUCUAUAAUCAGGGACAGGGAUGUCUGAUUCACCAGUGAACUGUGGAAGGUCGCAGCUGCCGAACAAGGAACGCAGCUGCAGAUGACAUCUGGAAACCAUCCAAAGGCAAACGGACAGGCAGAGCAAAUGAACCGCGCUGUUCAAC